AUGGAGCCAGCCGGGCACUCAAGCGCAACAUCUAACACCACCCCUGUGCCCCAAGCCAAUCCUCCGCAGCCAACACCAGCCGCUGCGCCAUCCCCACCAACGCUAUCAACACCGGGAGCAGCAGCACAGCCAUCAGUAAUGCGGGAGGACGGUGCCACGUUGUCACCCCCGAAUACAUGGUCAUCGUCGUCAGUGGAGUAUAUGGACGACGCUGAUGACAACCGACUAUUAUUCACGUGUACUUUCACACUGCCACACGGUACCGUACUCUCGUCGGCUACCUAUACUGACAACUUCAAUGAACAAUACCUUCCGAUGGGCACCAACUUUUUGGCGAGGCUCGAGCCGAAAGGGCAGAGUUUUAUUCUGUCAGCGGCGGCUGCGUCAGUCAAGCAGAGAAUUUUCGCAAGAGUAGCAAUGCCCGACGGAAACCUGCGAGCAUGCGAACUCCUUUGUGAAUUCGAGCAAGAUCGUGCCAAAAUCACGGUGCUCGCCCUCCGCUCCGCAUUCAACCCACAAGGAGCUACUGUAUCAUCCAACUUCCACGUGUUCACCUUCAUCACAAAGCACUCGUCAACAUGUGCUCUUACUCAUAUUGAUUACGCCUCAAUUCCCUAUCUUGGUCUCCUACCCACCGAUCUCAUUGGUAAAAGUUUGCUAGCAUUCGUCUAUUCUCCAGAUGUUCAUGUUGUACGACAGGCUCAUGUUGAUUUACAUAACUCUCGCGGCAAAAUCGUGAAAUCCAUCGCCGACCUGCGAUUAGUCGCCCACAACGGAUCGAUUCUCCGGUGUCAAACCGAAUGGAGUGCCUACGUGAACCCGUGGACUCGAAAAAUGGAAUUAGUGGUGGCGAGGCAUCGUAUCUGCUCCCUGCCCAUCGGAGACGCCGACGUCAUCUCAUCUCCGCCAGCCGGGAUUCAGACGAACACCCUUCCACCGGUUAUGGCGAAGACGUUCGAGGAUGAGUUGAGGACGAUUAUGAAUAAGCCAGUGCCAUCCACCUCCCGCAGCCACCAAUCCCUAAAAGAGCAACACCAACUCAUCCAACUCGCCGCCGGCUUCCCAACCACCACCGACCUCGGAGCAUACAUCGACAAGAUUGUCGAGCAGCUCGUUGUCAAUUCCACUGCUCAACAACAACAGAAGGUCGCUGUCGCAGCCGCCGCCGCAGCUCAAGCCGCUCAGGCCGCCGUCGUCGCCACUGCCCAAAUCAGAAAAGUGGCGAGUGCCCCUCCAACGACUUCCCCGGACCCUCCACUCAGUUAUACACAAAUUAACUGUCUGGAAAACGUGCAUCGCCUUCUGAAAUCGCAGAGUCGACCGGAGAGCCCAGCGAAACAAGAUGAGCCGUUCGAUGAGAAAAAAUACCCUCCACAAACACCACUGACAAGAGAGGCGUUGAGUCUUCACACAAAACGAUUCGAGGAUGAGUACAAGGAUACGUGGUGCAGACGCCUAAAACGACUAUCCGACGACGUGCCAAGCUCUCCACCAGCCAAACAGUCCCGACCAUCUGGAGCCACGCCUAUCAACUGGGCAACACAUCAGAAGCAGGACUACUAUAGGACGAUGGCACCAGCGCCACCACCACCGCCAGGCAAAAAUUAUCAGAUCACCUACACCCCACUCGACGACCCCACCGACCAAAAAUCUACCAACACCAAAUCCGACGUCGAGAAUCUGAUGUACCCAGUGUCCGGCUCCAAGUUCUCCACCCCAAUGAGACUAUCCAUUGACGGCGGCGCGUCCACACCACCUCCACUCGUCCAACGUCUUCUACUGCCACGUGGUGCCACGUCGACAGGCGGAGCCUCUCCAACAAGUGGCUCCAACUCUCCUCCGGCGUUCCCCAAAACUUCCUCCUCAUCGUCUCUCUUAAUGCUACGGGAUUCUCAGAAUUAA